AUUUAAUGCAAGGGUCAAAUGUCCUGACAACACUCGGACGUACGGUGUCGUGUUUAGAAACAGAAAAAAAGGGUCACUUUUCCACAUCUGAAGUCCAGACAUUUUGUGAAAGGAAGAAGCAAUGUCUUACUCAUCCAAGCUUCCCGCUUCCUGGAAUGAUGAACGGCCACGUCGGAAAGUGGAAAUCGAUCUGAGCUCGCCUGGUUUGGCGGUGUUUGAGUUGGAAAGACUGCUGUUCACAGGCAAAGCCAUCAUCAGCCACGCAGAUGAAGUGUGGCCGAGGCUUUACAUCGGGGACCAACACAGCGCAGAAAACCUUGCCGAUCUGUCCAGGCAUCGCUUCACCCACGUCCUGAAUGCUGCUCACAGCAAACGAAGGGGGCAACCAACCGUAUACGAGCAAAUGAAGAUCACCUACAUGGGCAUAGAGGCACACGACUCCUGCAACUAUGACAUGAGCAUCAACUUUCAGGCUGCAGCUGACUUCAUCCACAGAGGACUAAGCAAAGGAGGGAAAGUUCUGGUGCAUUGUCAUGUGGGAGUCAGCCGCUCCGCCACCCUGGUGCUGGCUUACCUGAUGCUGAAGCAGAAGCUGUCUCUUGUGGAGGCUAUUUGUGCUGUGAAAGACAAUCGGGGUGUGAUCCCAAACAGAGGUUUCCUCCGACAGCUCAUUAAACUGGACAGGCAGCUCUUUGGCGAACAUCAUUAAAUCACGAGAAACCACAAUCUCAAGAACGUUCAAGCUCCUGCAUCUGAAACCAGCUCACUUCUUCUGGUUUGGACUUGAUGUGUGCAAGGAGGAGAUCCUAGAAACAGUUUUUUGGUUGUUUUAUUUAUUUAUUUUUUUUUGUUUGACGUCUUAGAAUUUAAAAAAUCUUUUAUUUUAUGACUUACAGACGUCCAAAACUCUAAAAUCCUAAUGUGAAAACUCAUGAAGGUAUUUAAGUAAUAUGUAACAAUCCACUUCUGGAACAUAAAAACAGUUGAUAUUUGAUGAGAAGGUGAGCGUGUUAACUUAUCUAGUCUCUAAAUAUUUUCUGGAAUACAUUUAUACUAUUUGUAUCCAUUUCUAAAACAGGGAAAACUCCUCAUAUGCCAAUCUAUUAUCUUCAAAUUAAAAGAAAAUUCGCUGCAAAAAUGUAGCCUUUGUGGCUGAAUUUUCCCUGUUUACUAAAACCUGGUCUCCAAACAAACAAAUUCAAUUGAUUUGUCCAACAUUAAAACUGUUUUUAUUCAUGAAACCUGGACUGAAUCUUGGUGUGAGAGAGGGAGGAGCUCAAAGAGCGAUUGGAGGCAACUUAGGAUAGAUGUCUAGUCGCUCAGUGAUGAAAAAAAUUAAAAAAUUUUUUUAAAUGAAAUUAAAAUGUAAUGGUUAGAUUUUUAAACCUAAUGAAUAAGCUUACUAAUUGCUAGAGUGAUGCACAUUGGUUUUGAAGACUUGUCCACUGAUGACAUAUCUGCAUCAGUUGGCAGGAAAACAGCUGCAGCCCUCAUUAGCACACCUGAGACAAAAAAAAAAAAAAAAGCUCCACCCUCUAAACUGGAGCAUUACUAAAUGACGUGUACAUUAACCAUAUGCUGGCUGAAAUAAUUGCACAAUAUUUAAAUGUUUUCAGGAAAGAAUGUUUCAUCAGAAAUGAAGCUACUCUGUCAUUAUCUGUCCAUGAACAAAACAACUUUUCUGAACCCACACACUGUUAAUGUCCAAAACAGUUUUCCAUUAAGUGCAUUGGAUUUUUACUGGGGGUUGUGUAUGUAAGAAUCUUCACAUAUAUACACAAAAUGCCGUUUCCAGUGACUAUUUCUGUAUCACAACCAUUCAGCCGCUUCAUGACGAGCCUCCAUACUAUUAGCACCUUAGACUUUUAUAAAAUUAUAUAAAUGUUUCUCAAUCAAGUUGGAAACUUAACUUGUUCUUGGGCUGCUAAAGUUUUUACAUUUAAUUAAGGGUGUAUUGGCACACGAUGUUCUCCAAUUAUGUCUUGUCAGGACAUUUAUUUUUGUACUCAAAUUUUCUUUAAAUAGUGGAAAUAUAACACUUUUUACAUAUGAGUGACAACAUAAAGUUGUUCCUUGACAAUAUUACCACCUGCUGGACGAAAUUACUUAAGUCUUUGCAGAUAGAACUUGAAAACCCCAGAGGUCCAUGACCUACAAAAAUCAAUUUCUGCAGGGCAGUCCAGUUCCAGUCCUCUGGAGCAACACUCCUACAGCACAAGCUGCUGCGCGCUCUGCAGGAAACAUCUUAUUUAUGGGUAGAAUUGUGAACCCAAGCAUCUGAUGUUCUAACUAAAAUUUCAAAGUGAAGUCUUUCUGCUCUCUCAAUGAAUGGAAUACUUUGCUUUGCAAAUAAAACACAUUUCAAAGCAUGCACUAAUGAAAUUUUUGCAAGAGGCAAACUAAAGAUUUUUAUUGGCUUCUGUAUAACUUAACUGGAUUCAGAGACAUGUGUCGAGCCCAGUGUUAUAGAUUCUGUCUUUUCUUCUGUCUUUUAACCUCCUUUUUAAUUUGCUGACAUGCCACAGUGAACACAAACGUGUUUUUGUAUGACUGAUGCCAGGCAAACGCAAACAUACUGAAACCGAUUAGACAAGCCUUGGUACAGACUGCAGAGAAUAAAAAGUUGAACUUGC